GCUAUUUCUUCCGCAGCCGACCAGAUCUUGCUUCAGCAGCCGACCAGAUCUCUGUGGGACGCGCAGACCGCAAAGAACUGAACUAGGCACUACGCGAGAAAAGGCAGCUGACAUCACUCGAGGCGGGGCCGCAAGCCCCAGAAAAGCCGAGGGGGACGCAAUCAGGAGCAGCUGCCCAGGGACAACCUCACCAUGAGCAGCCACAACAGCUCCGAGCUCCAGGUCGCUUGUAGCCCCGGGCAGCUCUUCUUGCAGCCGCUCUGGGACCGCGUGAGGACAUGGGAAGCCACGUUGCAUUCCCCCUUCUUCCCCGUCAUCUUCUCCAUCUCCACCUACAUGAGCUUCUGCCUGCCCUUCGUGGUGCUGGAUGUCCUGUGCCCCUGGGUGCCGGCUCUGCGGCGCUACAAGAUCCACCCAGACUUCUUGCCAUCCCCAAGGCAGCUGCUGCCCUGCCUAGGACAGACGCUCUUCCAGCACCUGCUGUUCGUGUUCCCUGUAUCGCUGCUGCACUGGGCCCGUAGCCCGACCCACCUGCCUCCUGAAGCUCCUGAGCUUCUCCAGCUGGUGUGCCACGUCCUGCUGUGCCUACUGCUCUUCGACACGGAGUUCUUCGCGUGGCACCUGUUGCACCACAAGGUGCCCUGGUUGUACCGCACUUUCCACAAGGUGCACCACCUCAAUUCGUCACCUUUCGCGCUGGCCACGCAGUAUAUGAGCAUCUGGGAGCUGUUUUCCCUGGGCUUCUUUGACGUAGUGAAUGUCACGCUGCUGGGGUGCCACCCGCUCACGGUCCUGGUCUUUCAUGUGGUCAACAUCUGGCUGUCCGUGGAAGACCACUCGGGCUAUGACUUUCCUUGGUCCACCCACAGACUGGUGCCUUUUGGAUGGUUCGGUGGCGUGACACACCAUGACCUGCACCACUCCCAGUUUAACUGCAACUUUGCUCCCUACUUCACUCACUGGGACAAAAUCCUGGGGACCCUGCGGCCUGUACCCCUCCCUGCAAAGUGUCCUGGCCACAGCAGGUGCCCCGAAGACACUGGAAAACUGGAUAUUUCACACUUGGAUCAUAAGAAACACAUCUGAGCUGUUUUAUGUGUGUUUGUUUUUGUUUUUGAAAACAAGUUAACUUAUUAGCUGUUGAUAACUGUUAAAAUUCCAUUUUAAUUUUGUGCUGACAAAGUAAUUUAUAUACUGUUUAUAUAGUAAUACAAUUGUUUCAUUGCUGUCAAAUUCUAUUUUACUUCAGUAGCCUGGAUUCCUGGAUAUAAAGUGGACACUGACCCCUGGCCUGUUCUAGCCACUUCUAAGAAGAUUUAUCAGUAGUAUGAAGAAUUUCGUGCGUUGAAAGUGGCCUAGAACUUGGCUGAGUGUAUUGUUAUGAAGGAUCUGACUUCUGACUUGAUACAUAAUCCUAACUGUUCUUGCUGGACAAUGACCAAGAUGAUAGAACUUUUUCUAUUUUUUCACGAGAUUGUAUAUUUAUGUUGAAAGAAAUGUAAUUUGUGCUUUUAAGAUGAGAAAAAAAGGAAUAUGAACUAAACUGUCUCUGG